AUGCUCCUAAUAUGUGCCAUUGAGACAUCUGUGCAAAGCCUUCUGGAGGUGGUACCCCUUGAACAGUGCAACCAGACAGAAAACUUCAACAAUGUUUGUGAAAAGGUAAAACAGUUCAACAUUUCACAAAGUGGAUUGACGGAAGACGGAUACCGUUUGAACAACCAAGACACCAUUAUGAGCACGCCAAAUGCGAGCGCUGUAACACCAACAGCCGAACAAAGGACGAGCAUAUACCUGAAUGACACUGAAUUUGAUGAUGAAUAUGAUCCUUAUUUAUGGGGUAUGGGGUUUGUUUACAUGGUGAAUAUUGUCACUGCCUUUUCCUGCCUGGCUGGACUGGUGGGGAACGUGAAGGUCAUCUGGCUUCUCAGCUUCUGCAUUAAGAGGAAUCCUUUCACAACGUACAUCUUGAACCUGGCUGUAGCGGAUCUUGGCACCCUUUUGAGUGUCCUUGCUUAUGCUAUUAUGAUGGUGGCCAUUCGCGUUUUAAUGAUAAUACCAUAUAUUUUAUUUGGGUUAGUGGAUUCCCUUGUGUUCUUCACACAUAGCACAAGCUUGUAUCUCCUGACAGCCAUCAGCCUGGAGAAAUGUCUCUCUGUGAUGCUUCCCAUCUGGUACCGAUGCCAUCGCCCGGAGAGGACUUCUGCCGUAGUCGCCUUCCUUCUCUGGAUCCUCUCUGGCCUGCUUUGUGGAAUAUUACUGUCAUGUUAUUUUCAGGAGUCACAUUGCAGAAUGAUUCUGAACACGCUUUGGACUCUGAAUUUCCUGAUUUGCACUCCCGCUAUGAUUGCCUCCAGUCUUACUGCAUUGAUCACCAUCUGCUGUAACUCUCAGAGGCAUCAGCCGCCCAGGCUGUAUGUGGCUAUCUUGAUCACGCUCCUCGUCUUCCUCACCUUUGGCACACCUCUGAGUAUUUCAUAUCUCUUUUACUUCAACUCUGAGUAUUUUCCUCUGGAAGCCCUGGAAGUGGCUUACCUCUGUGCAUCUGUCAACAGCAGCGUUAACCCCUUAAUUUACUACUUGGUUGGGAGAGACAGGAAACGUCAGUCCAGAGAGUCCUUGAAGGUUGCGUUCCAAAGGCUUUUCAAGGAGGAAGCAGAUCCUAGGGAAGGUUCUUAG